AUGUCCAUGAAUUCAGCCGUGCCUUUCGUGGCCUUGGGGCUUCUCCUCUCCCUCCACCUACACAUUCUCCAGUGCCAUGCUGCCAUGGAUACCAUCUCAGCUGGCCGAGAGCUCGCCAGCGGCGACAAGCUCCUGUCCAGCAAUGGCAGGUUCGCGCUCGGCUUCUUCCAAACCAAGGGCGGCAAUUCCUCCAACAGCGCUCCAAAAUGGUACCUGGGAAUUUGGUUCCACACGGUCCCCAAAUUCACUCCUGUCUGGGUUGCCAAUCGUGAAAACCCAAUCGCCAACCUCACAUCGUGCAAGCUCCUGCUUUCCCAUGAUGGCAACCUUGUGAUCCUGGAUGACCACCCAACAAACGAAUCCACUGUCUGGUCCAGCAAAUCCAACUCCACAACCAACAGCACCAUCGCUGCUCUCCUGGAAAAUGGCAACCUUGUCCUACGCAGCGCUUCCAAUGCAUCCCUUGUUUUUUGGCAAAGCUUCGACCACCCAACUGAUGCUCUUCUUCAAGGUGCCAAGAUCGGCUGGAACAACGCCACCGGUUUGAUCCGCCGCCUUGUCUCCACCAAGAACACCAUUGACCAAGCUCCCGGCGUGUACUCUUUCGAGUUAUUUGGCCACAAUGGUUAUACUUCCAUGGUUUCUACUUUUAACUCGUCCAAACCAUAUUGGUCCAGCGGCGACUGGGAUGGCCGGCACUUCAGCAACAUCCCGGAGACGGUAGGGCAGACCUGGCUCUCGCUUAAUUUCACCAGCAAUGAACAAGAGACGUACAUCGAGUAUGUAAUUGCAGAUCCAACAGUGUUGUCACGCGGCAUAAUGGAUGUCUCCGGGCAACUGAAGGUGCUGGUGUGGUUUGAAGGAUCGAGAGAUUGGCAGGCCAUCUUCACUGCACCAAAAUCUCAGUGUGAUGUCUAUGCUUCCUGUGGCCCUUUCACAGUCUGCAACGAUGUCCCCUUCCCCUCCUGCACCUGCAUGAAGGGCUACUCCAUACAAUCGCCUCAAGAUUGGGAGCUUGAUGAUCGAACAGAUGGAUGCUCAAGAAAUACUCCACUGUACUGCGAAGGCAACACUAGUGCAGCCGGCGUGGCAGAUAAGUUCUACCCUAUGCCUUCUGUCCAACUUCCUGCUGAUGCCCAGACUGUUGGGACGGCUACCAGUGCAGAGGAAUGCUCACUUUUUUGCCUGGGAAGCUGCUCCUGCACUGCAUAUUCCUAUGACCAAGGUGGCUGCUCAAUUUGGCAUGAUAACCUGUUCAAUGUACGGCAACAAGGUAACAGUGUUCUUCACCUUCGCCUCGCUGCAAAAGAAUUGCAAAGUAGUAAAAGCAAUAGAAGGGGGGUGAUCAUUGGCGCUGCUGUUGGUGCAAGCGCUGCUACUUUGGGUUUGAUCUUUCUACUAAUUAUUUGGAUGAGAAAAGGAAAGAAUUAUGGUGGUGACAUCCAGGGUGGUAUGGGGAUCAUUGCAUUUCGAUAUGGUGAUUUACAGUCUGCAACCAAAAAUUUUUCAGAGAAGUUGGGGGCUGGUAGUUUUGGUUCAGUAUUUAAAGGGACGUUAAAUGAUUCAACUACCAUAGCUGUGAAAAGGCUUGACGGAGCUCGCCAAGGAGAGAAGCAAUUCAGGGCUGAGGUGAGUUCAAUUGGAGUCAUCCAGCACGUCAACUUAGUUAAACUGAUUGGCUUUUGCUGUCAAGGUGAUAAAAGGUUACUUGUGUAUGAACACAUGCCAAAUGGCUCCCUAGAUGCCCAGCUCUUCCAAAGUAAUGGCACGGUAUUGCCUUGGACUAUCAGGUACCAAAUAGCUCUUGGAGUUGCUAGAGGACUAGCCUAUUUGCAUUCGGGUUGUCGGGACUGUAUUAUACACUGCGAUAUCAAACCAGAGAACAUACUUCUAGAUGGGUCUUUCACUCCGAAAGUUGCAGACUUUGGAAUGGCCAAGUUUUUGGGAAGGGAAUUCAGUCAUGUCGUGACUACAAUGAGAGGGACCAUAGGAUACCUUGCUCCCGAAUGGAUUAGCGGAACAGCUAUCACAUCAAAAGUUGAUGUUUACAGCUAUGGAAUGGUUUUAUUAGAUAUCGUGUCAGGCAGCAGGAACUCAACUAAACAAUUUUCCGUUGAUGGUGUCCAUGAAUCCUAUUUUCCGGUGCAAGUUGCACACAAUCUUCUUGAUGGAGACAUUGCAAGUCUAGUGGACGCAAACUUGUUGGGUGAAGCGAACCUGGAGGAGGUUGAAAGAAUAUGCAAAGUCGCAUGUUGGUGUAUUCAAGAUGUUGAGUUUGAUCGACCUACAAUGAGUGAGGUGGUGCAGUUUCUCGAAGGUCUGUGCGAAGUUGAGACACCUCCAGUGCCAAGAUUUCUUCAAGCUAUUGCAGGAAAGCCAACUUCAGAGAUAAUGUAAUGACUAGUUUGGGUUCUUGUUCAAUCUCUAUUUUUUAUCUGGUAGUUGCGCCUGUUGCUUUUCCUUUGUUCUAGUCUUUGUAAUCUUGUAUGGCUAACAGGUUGUUAAACUUCUGUUGCUUUCUUGACAAAUCAAGACUAAGUUCUUUGGUCUAAACUUGAGCAGAAAAUGUAGGUAUCCAUUGAGCAGAAAUGUAGGUAUCCAUGAGAAUAUAACUAUUCAAUUAUCUUGCAAACGAGAAAAUAUAUGUACUCUGGUCAUUCACGCAAAGAACGAAUAAUGUCUUUGGAUUGCAACAGUUGAUAGAACAAUCCUGUGGCUCCUGCUCGUUGUAGCUUAAUCAGCGAGUAUCUUAGUGAAUGACGAGGCUGCAACAGAUGAUUUUGCAAAAGGCGCCGGCACAUGAUCCUUGGCUGAUUACCGAUGAUGAAAAAGGCGCAUAUCUUAGGGUAAGGUCCCAUCCACAAUAUUGAGGUAGGUAGAAUGAAUGAUAAGAUUUCAAUUUUGCAGUUCAAUAAUAAUAUUAUAUUUAAUUAAUUGAGUUUUGUUUGAAGUUUUCUAAAAAAAUCAGUUUCUAGUAGUGUCAGGGUAUUGGCUGAUGUAGGAAGAGCACAAAUAUAAUCAAGGCACGAGGCAGGCAUGCACAGCCUAUUUUGAUAGUUGGUGGUGGGCAGCGAGGCUGCGUUGAGGAAGAAAUGGGGGAGGAAAAAGAGGUGGCAUCACAGACUAAUGACAUGUUUGGAUUGUAGCCAAAUCUUGCAAUACUCUGCUAUAUCUAAGUUUAGGUAUGUUUUGACAAAAUUAUGUAGUCAUGAUUGUGGAAAGAUUCGUAUUUUGUCUGUCCAAUCCCAAUAUUUGAAAAAAACGUGUAAAGUUUGAAUGAUUUGAUCAACUAACCCUAGGCAAGUUUUAUCAUAUGUUGGCAAUAUCGGUGAUAUACCCAAGAGGCAAUCAUGCGUGGGUUGGAUAUUGAUCCAAGAAGGAUUAGAAUCCUAAUGAGCCUCCAAUGUGACAGUCCAUUAGUGGGGUCUAUAUAAUAAGGGGCGGGGCUAUAGGCGGCCAAUGCUCUUGCGCCACAAACCAUAGCUGCCGUCAUCUCUCUUCUCCAUGGAGCCCUAGCUAGCACACGGUGCUAGCACACCGGUGACCAGCGUUCCCAUCCCGUACGUGUGGACUUCGAGAAGGCGUUGCUGCGUUGCUGUGGUGCUGAUCGGUGGGACAAGGAGGAGGAGCUGCAAGCUGCGAUCCGCUUCCUCUUCACCGAUGUGCGACUAUGUUGGGGCGAGCUACCCCAACUCUACUUCCGCUGCGCUGCGUGUCUAGUGUGCACUACAUGACAAUGGAUGGGGCGUCGACAAGGCUCUAGUUCGAAUAAGGCCUCGAACAAUUGCAUUAUCAAUGACGCUGGAGCCUGGAGCUGGAGAGGGACGCCGCCGGCCCGGAUGGGGGGGUGGCCGAGCUCCUAAUUUCCAGACUUGCUGCCGCCUCCGCAGGGCACCGCCGACGACAUGCGCGCCGCUCUCGUCGAUGG